CUGAUUUACCUUUUCCAUUAAAAAAAAAUAGAUUUCAAUUUGUUCCUCUUUAUGUGGGGGGAUCCUGUGAUUUUCUAGAACCUAUUCCCAAAAUUAGAGCAUGUAGAUUACAAUAAUCAAUGAAUAGUUUAUAGCACUUGUAAAGCUCAGGUAUUAAUUAGGAAAUUGUAAUCGAAUUUGUAAUAAAUUAGUUGUGUCCAGUCAUUGUCGUCGCAGGCAAUUUGUCAAAAUGGCAGCCACUAAAAGACUACAAAAAGAAUUAGUAGAUAUUAGAAAUUCAGGAUUAAAGUCAUUCCGUGAUAUUCAUGUCGACGAGACGAACAUCUUAACUUGGCAGGGCCUUAUUGUACCCGACAAUCCACCUUACAAUAAAGGCGCGUUCAAAAUUGAAAUCAACUUUCCGGCGGAGUACCCGUUCAAACCGCCUAAAAUCAACUUCAAAACGAAGAUAUAUCAUCCGAACAUCGACGAGAAGGGUCAGGUGUGCUUGCCGAUUAUUAGCGCCGAGAAUUGGAAACCGGCGACGAGAACGGACCAAGUGAUCCAAGCGUUGGUAGCUUUAGUUAACGAACCCGAGCCCGAGCAUCCUCUACGCGCGGACUUGGCCGAGGAGUAUUUAAAGGAUAAGAAGAAGUUUACUAAAAACGCCGAAGAGUUUACAAAGAAACACAGUGAGAAAAGGCCUGCCGAAUAAAACUUACUUUUUAGUGUUAAUGAUUAGUGAUACUCCACUUGCGCGGGCGAAUUUCUUGUCUUAUUAAAAAGUACGCAGUUGCGGUUUAGUUCUCUUACUUAUGUAAAUAAGUGAAUUGUUUGCUUUCUCACUAAUUUUCAGCCUAAUUUACUCUUUUUAGAAACUGUGGAGGUCCGUGUUGACUAUGUUCUUUCACAAAUGUGUUGUAGUAAUUAAAAUACACUAUAUGAACUGCU